AACUAUAGAUUUCUAUCUAUGCUAUAGAGAUGAGCCCUCCUCAAAUUUCAAGCCCACCUCACCAAUACCCUCAAGAAAUCCAACUCAAGCUCUACCAAGCUUUCAUAUUCUCAAUCCCCAUCCUUUUCUCAAUCAUUCUUUUUCUUCUCUUCUAUCUGUUUUACCUCAAGAGACGAGCCUAUGCCGAGCGAUCGGCCACACAUCUUCUCCCGAGGACAACAUCUCUUGAUCCGGGUUCGAAAAGUGAGCUGAAGACAAAGCUGUGCAGGAUUUCGUUCGAUGAAUAUACCGAAACGAACGACUCCUUGUGUUGUGUUUGCUUAGGGGAAUUCGAGACGAAAGAAGAGCUAGUUUUAGUUGAAAAGUGCAAGCACGUGUUCCACGAGGACUGCAUUCACCUUUGGCUCCACACGAACGCAACCUGUCCACUUUGCAGGGUCUCGGUUGGCUGCAAUACCAAUAGUUAUCACAAAAAUGUCGAGCCUCGAUUAUCUCAACAGCUGCCCGGAUACAGUGAAGCUGACCAAACGCAGCCAAUGCAUUUGCCACGUGGCAUAACGAUUUCUUCCGAGGGAUCUGCUAGCACAAGUGGCGACAUCGCAUGUUGAUACAAUACAUGUCGUGUAACAUAACGCACGACUUUUGAAAAAACGUGCGAUUUUUUUUUUUAUUUUUUUAUU